UCUUCCCUCCAAACGCUACUGUGUAGUGUGUCCGCCAACCCAAUAAAUAGGCGCAGCGUCUCUCAACAUCUCAAAAACCCUAAUAUUGAACACUGUUCAGCCGACGGCGAUGGACGGAGCUCCGAUGAUAGAAGACGGUUUCCCGGCUGUGAAGCUAUUCAACCAGGGCUACUCCUACACGUACGAUGACGUCAUCUUCCUUCCCCACUACAUCGACUUUGCCACCGACGCCGUCUCCCUGUCAACCAAGCUCACCCGCAACGUGGAGCUAUCCACUCCCUGCGUCGCCUCUCCGAUGGACACCGUGACGGAGUCCUCCAUGGCGGCGGCCAUGGCCGCCCUCGGCGGAAUCGGCAUAAUCCACUCUAACAUUCCCGCCUCUGACCAGGCAACCCUAGUUCGCCAAGCGAAAUACCACAAGAUACCGUUCACCCAUGAAAUCAUCUUCAAAUCCCCCCUCGAUUCGAUUUUAUCGGCCGACGAGUUCUCUUCCUCGCCCUGCAUUUUCGUGACCGAAUCAGGGCGUGAAAAUUCGAAUCUCGUGGGCAGAGUGCACAAAUCUGAUUGGGAGAAAUUAACUAACAAAGAAACGAGGAUCAGCCAGUACAUGAAAACGUCGCGGCUUUCGUAUCCAGCGAGUUGCAGCUUCGAGGAGAUUGCUGGUUAUUUAGCCAAAGAAAGACUCGAUUUUGUGCCCUUGGUGAGGUACAAUGGUGAAAGUGGAGACGAUGUUGCGAAUUUGGUGACGAGCGAUGACGUGGAGAGGAUUAAGGGGUUCCCCAAGUUGGGCUUGCCUUCAUUGGAUUCUAAUGGGGAUUUACUGGUCGGCGCUUCGAUAGGGACCCGUGAAUCGGAUAAGGAGAGGCUGGAGCAUUUGGUCAAGGCUGGAGUGAAUGUGGUGGUUCUCGACAGCUCACAAGGAAAUUCGAUUUAUCAGAUUGAAAUGAUUAAGUAUGUGAAGAACAAGUAUCCGAAUUUGGACUUGAUUGGUGGGAAUGUAGUGACACAAUACCAGGCACAGAACUUGAUUCACGCUGGAGUCGAUGGCCUGAGAGUUGGGAUGGGAUCAGGUUCCAUUUGUACAACUCAAGAAGUGUGUGCUGUUGGGCGUGGGCAGGCAACAGCUGUCUAUAAGGUUGCGUCGAUUGCUGCACAGAGUGGUGUCCCUGUGAUUGCUGAUGGUGGAAUAUCGAACUCAGGCCACAUUGUCAAAGCUUUGACCCUAGGAGCAUCAACUGUAAUGAUGGGAAGCUUUUUAGCUGGAAGUAACGAAGCUCCUGGCACUUACGAAUACCAGAAUGGUCAGCGAGUCAAAAAAUAUAGAGGAAUGGGAUCUCUAGAAGCAAUGACGAAAGGGAGUGAUGCACGGUAUUUGGGCGAUAAAGAGAAGUUGAAAAUUUCACAAGGAGUGUCGGGUGCAGUUAAAGAUAAAGGCUCUAUAUUAAAACUCAUACCCUACACCAUGCAAGCUGUGAAGCAAGGCUUACAGGAUCUUGGAGCUUCCUCCGUUCAAUCCGCUCAUGACCUUUUGAAAUCCGGCGUGCUCAGACUAGAGGUUAGAACUGGUGCAGCACAAGCUGAAGGAGGAGUUCAUGGAUUGUUCAAUUAUGAAAAGAAGUCGUUUGAAGGCGGACUGGUCACUACUUACGGAAAGAAGUAAUCAUCUUUGACAUUUCAUCUCUGUACUUUUGCAUCAAAGGCUUGUCUUGUACCACCGUGUUUGUUUUCCCCUUUGGAUGAGAUUUACCUUGCUCUGUGUAUCGAGAACUGAAUUGACAUCCCGCAAUUUUCAUAAUAAUUAUCCUAAUGCACAAGUCUUUCGUUUCCCAU